GUUUUUUGCCCAUGAGUCACAAUUCAUCUCUAAUCUUCCUCGGGGGAGGUGGGAUUUGCUAUCUUUAGUGCUCACGACUGCUGCUUUCCCGGGCUGAGCAUCCCGCUGAGCCUGGACUCCUGCUGCAGGGAUGCUGACCUGGCAGCCGGCACGGAGACGCGGCCGCGUUUCAAUCCUGCUCCCUGUUUCUCUCGCCUUCACCACCAGCUGCCUUUGUGCAGUGGGUGCCGCAGUAUAAAUCAUGUUAAUUCCUGAGAUGCUUUUCCGCGACAGCUCCAAAAGGAAGCUCGGUGAGGGGAGAUUUGCCUGCUGGAGGAUGGGGUGCACAGGGCUGGGCUGUCUGGCAGCACUGGCCAUGCUCUGCGGGGCUCUCGGGGAUGCUCCCAGCAGAGGCAUCAAAUGUGGGGGAGUACUUUCAGCACCUUCUGGCAAUUUCUCCAGCCCCAACUUCCCGGGGCUGUAUCCCUACGAGACAGAGUGCACGUGGCUCAUCGUGGUGGCCGAGGGCUCCUCUGUCCUGCUCUCCUUCAGCCACUUCGAGCUGGAGUACCACGACACCUGCGCCUACGACUACCUCCAGGUCUACAACGGGGCUGCCCGGGACCAGGGCAACCUCCUGGGCACCUUCUGUGGCCACAGCCCCCCGCCACCCUUCUCCUCCGCCUGGCAUGUCAUGGCCGUGGUCUUCCGCUCCGACCGGCACGUGGCCAAGCACGGCUUCGCCGCUGCCUACAAGAAAGACGCCUGCGGUGGGCAGCUGACGGGGCUCUCUGGGGAGAUCACCAGCCCCCGCUACCCCGAGAGUUACCCCAACGAUGCCGAGUGCCGCUGGAGCAUCGGGGGGGCCGGCGGCGGUGGCCCCCUCACCCUGGUGUUUGCUGACUUCCAGAUGGAAGGGGGCCAAGGCUGUGGCUUCGACUACGUGGCCCUUUUUGAUGGCCCCACCGUCACUGCCCCCCGCCUGGGACGUUACUGCGGCAGCGCCCGCCCGCCCCGCACCAUCUCCUCCACCCCACACCUCUUCAUCAUCUUCAAGUCAGACUUCAACAUCGGUGGCAGGGGCUUCAAGGCCCAUUUCUACUCGGGCGAGUGCCAGGAGGUGUUUACCACCAUCAAAGGGAAUUUCUCCAGCCCUCAGUACCCCAACUUCUACCCCAACAACCUCAAGUGCCAGUGGAGCAUCCAGCUGCCCCCAGGCUACCGGGUCAAGGUCUUCUUCCUGGAUAUGGAGCUGGAGGGCCGGAGCAGCCUGACGGGUGGCUGUGACUACGAUCACUUGUCUGCCUUUGAUGGUGGCACCGAGAACGGGUCCCUGCUGGGACGGUGGUGUGGACGGGAGAGCCUGGCACCCGUCACCUCCCGCAGCAACCAGCUGCUCCUGGUCCUCCACACCGACCGCAACACGGCCAAGAGGGGCUUCUCCAUCUCCUACGUGGGAGUUGUGCCCAUGAACGUCAGCUGCACCCGAACAGACUUCCACAUCCAGAUCCCCAUGCAGUCCCUGGCCCAGCUGGAGAGGAAUAGGAUUUAUUUGGGGACCCCCUCCUGUGCAGCCCAGGUGGUUGGCAGGAACUUUAAAAUACACACCAGGUUCGACACCUGUGGCACUGAAUCUCAGAGACGCAACAACACGUCUGUCAUCGUCAGCACCCUCUACAUUGAUUUUUCAGUGGGAGACCAGGAGGACAUCCACCAGUACGAGGUGCAGUGUGAGCCAAAGAAGAAGGAAGCCUCAGUGACCCUUAUUGCUGGUCCUGAUCCAUCCAGGCUCAGCCAGGCAGAAAACCUGGUGGAUGCCCAGCAGUGGGAGGGGGAAGCGAUCGAUGCCCGUGAAAUCAAGAGCCAGGACACCAGCGACAUCGUCUUCAUCAGUAUCUGCAUCCUGGCUGGGCUCCUCAUGGUCAUUGCAGUGGUGGGGCUGGUGCUUCUGUAGGAUGCUCUUUCCACUCUCCAGGGAUUGCAGUCCCAGUCCAGGGCAGAAGGGCACCCCAAAAUCCACCCUUACCCCAGGCUGAACCCUAACACAGCUACCCAAACAGAGACACAGCUCCCAGGCCCUGAAACUGAGCCUGAACCCAACCUCCACCUUCUCUUAGUGCCUGAAAAUUCUGGGCAAUAGGCAGCCGUUUCCCUUCCCAAUUUGUUUUCCUCUGUCUCAAUCUGUCCAUUUGGCUCAGGAAUGCAGUUCUUGCGCUCCCUAACUCUUCCCGCACCUGCUUCAAUUUGUUUUCCCUGUAGUGCUGCUGCUUUCAGGAAAGUAACGUUGUUUGCCGAUGGCUGCAAAUCUUCCUGUCAAUUAUUUCUAGCUGAAUUCUUGGAUGUACAAACCAUCCCCAAAUGUAGCUAUAUUCCCAACAAAUGUUCUCCGUGCUCCCGGCCCAUGCUUGGGGGGGACUGUGGAGCUGUGUUACGGGGAUCUCCACCUGGCACACACAGAUGUAGCUCAUGUAGGUGCUCCCAGGUGAUGUUUCUGGGUGUCUGUGGGUGAUGUGAUGAGAUGCAUUUGCUGUGCCCUGGAGCUCCUCGUUUGAUCUUCUCAUGUUGUCUCACUUCUCGCAGGACUCACCUGAGUGCCUCAGCCACCAGCAGCUGGAGGGGAGGAGAACAACCCUCUUCUCCUCUGCGUUUUCCUCCUUUCUAGCAUAUCCAGGUGUCCACGGCUGUAAACUCUCUACCAGCAUUACUCCUGAAGUUUGAAAAUACGGGCAAAUCCUGCUAUGGCUUGGGGAGAUGCUGGAGUGCAGAGGUUUUGGUAACCCUAUAAAGACAGCCUUGGCAAGAGGGGCUGGCUCCCCUGGGACCUCAGUGACACCAGAUCUCCCCUCGUGGCCAGUGAAAGGACUGAUGUCCUGCUUCCCUCUGGGACAGUUCUGUUCAUCAGAGGAAGCAGCAGCCAAGGAAUAGGAUGAUGAUCCAGCAGCUUUUCCUCCUGGAUUGCACCAGCCCUGCAGGAGUGUCUGGGGAGGGAAGAAGGCACAGAGCUGCGCAUGCCUCCUAAUGAGGAGCCUUCGUUAUCGGAGCCCGGAUUGAUUUGGCGUUUGUUGGUGCAACACAUCGGCAAAUGAGAGAUUUCCGAGGGAAAUAUUUGCCAGCACCGUUAAGCUCCAUUAAGGGAAUGUUUUGAGAUCCUGUUGUGUGCAGAGAUGGUAAACAAGGCCAGCCUCCCCCACUGCCUGCAAAGCCUCGCUGCUGGUUAAUUGCUGGGUAUAGAACUGUCAGCUUGAGACCAUAGUUACAAGAUUUGACAACUGAAAGAAACUUAAAGAUAUAAUUAACCUUCUUGGUGGCCCAGAUUUUGCUGAAACAGGUGAGCACUGCGGCUGCUCGUGCCUGGCAGGGAGCCCACAGCACCCAGCAGCAUCCAGCCCUUGCCUGGAGGACAGGUAUUCCUCACCCAGCCAGAGCCUUCAGAACCCUGCGAUUUGCAGGGGAAAAGGCUUUUCUGGAUAGUUGUUUGUGUUGCACUCAAAUAAGGAGUUGGACCUGGUCACCCCAGGGAGGGUUUCCAGCUCUGGCUCCAGUUCACAACCACCCAAGCAUCCCUGGGUGAAGUGCUCCCCUGCACACAUCCCUGCAGAUGCAGGACUGGUGCUGUGGGAGCAGCUCUGCUCCUGAGUCAGGGGGAUCCCCAGCAGCCCCAGGCCUGCAGGGUGUUUUCCAGGGAACAUGGACAGGGUGAUUAACGCACGUCUCCAAAAGCUCUUUACCCACUUGUUUUUGAUGGCAUUUACAGCUGUAUCUGCCACCAGCAGUGAGCCACUCGAGCCAGUCAUCUCACUUGGAGUGAGGAAAGCCUCUGGUGCUCACCAAACACCAGCCUUCCAGUCCUCCUGUACCAUGUCUCAGCCUCUCCACUAGAUUUAGGCAUCCAGUCUCUCCCUGCCCUGCAGGAAUUUGCUCACUGGCAUCUCCUGUUAAGUCAGUCCUGUAAGUCUUCCCUGACUUACUGCCCCAGCUGGGGCUGGAGCCCAGCAGGGAUGGGGGGGGCUGCCCAGGUAAUUUCCUGAAACAAGCCCUUCUUCUCAUGUAAAAGCUGCUCAGAUGAGUGGCAAAUAGAUAUGGAAUCCAUCACUAGCACUCCUUCCCUCCACUCUGUCUGUGCUCCUCACACAUCAGGCCUCAGUUUCCCUCCUUAGCAUUUGCCCGGUGCUUCCUGAGAAGCGGGAAAGCAGCAGCCACAGGCAGUGCUCCCAUUGCUCAUCUGAUUAUUUAUUUAGAGCAUGAUGGCUGGAUUGAGCCAGGCUGGAUGCAGCCUCCUUGUUUCCUGGCUUUGCUUAUGGAUGUGGAGUCUUGUCUCUCCGGAGCAGACAAAGGUUUGGCUGUUGUGUGGGAGGGAGAGCCUCUCUUACCCCUCUUCAAACGUCUGUGUGCAAAUCCAGUGAAGAAUUGUUGAAAAAUCGUAGAUCAUAGAAAAUGGCACUGCAAGAGCCCCCAGGGGAUCAGUUGGUUUAUUCCUCUCCUUCCCUGGGGAGAUCGCUCCUACCGGAGAGAAGCUGUUCUAAAAUAUCUGAAAAAUCUCAGCCACGCUCUCUGUGUUUUCUCUGUUUACCAGGAAGGUUUUCCUGAUGUGUCACACUGUGAGGGUGGCUGCUGGGGGAUGUGCUUUUGUGCUGCUGCAAUGGACAAGAGAAUGAUGGUGGGAGUGCCCCAAAAUGGGCACUGCUGCUGGCACGAGACCCUGCUCCCUCUGCCUGGAGGCCCUUCCCAGGCAAUUUAUUCUAUGUAAUGUUCACUGUAAGUUUUCUGUGGUGGCACCCACAGUCCUCUUUGGCUGGACCCUCCCUCAUUGCUCUGCCCAGAGGGUUAUUUGCAUCUCUUCUGUUUUUAUA